CACCGCCAGACUUCCCGGUCUUCCCACCAACGCCUGGUCGCAGCGCCGCGACGAAAAACGGUCCCAGAUCCAUCCGCACCCUCAGAAAUUUGCCGAUUUUGUAGGGUCUGAUCCCCCUCGCUGAAACUCUGGGACCCCUUUGCCUGCGGAAGAGGGAUUGGAGCGGGGACAAGGCGAGUGCUCACCACAGCAGGGCUCUUUCCUUGGGGACUACUUUGGGAGGCGGAUGGACACGUUAGCUUUGGUGGGCGGGGCCUGCGUGGCCAGAAGCCCUAUAAAUACGGGCGGGUGUGCGUCACUCGGCAGAUCCGAGGUUUAACGCCGCUGGAAACUGUACACUUUUAGCGCUCAGGGCCGCAGACGUCAACAUGCAGAUCUUUGUGAAGACCCUGACUGGCAAGACCAUCACCCUCGAGGUGGAGCCCAGUGACACCAUUGAGAACGUGAAGGCCAAGAUCCAGGAUAAGGAAGGCAUUCCCCCAGACCAGCAGAGGCUGAUCUUUGCAGGGAAGCAGCUGGAGGACGGGCGCACCCUGUCUGAUUAUAACAUCCAGAAGGAAUCCACCCUGCACCUGGUGCUGCGCCUGAGAGGUGGGAUGCAGAUCUUCGUGAAGACCCUGACUGGCAAGACCAUCACCCUCGAGGUGGAGCCCAGUGACACCAUCGAGAACGUGAAGGCCAAGAUCCAGGACAAGGAAGGCAUUCCCCCUGACCAGCAGAGGCUGAUCUUUGCAGGGAAGCAGCUGGAGGACGGGCGCACCCUCUCUGACUACAACAUCCAGAAGGAAUCCACCCUGCACCUGGUGCUGCGCCUCAGGGGUGGCAUGCAGAUCUUCGUGAAGACCCUGACUGGCAAGACCAUCACCCUGGAAGUCGAGCCCAGUGACACCAUUGAGAACGUGAAGGCCAAGAUCCAGGAUAAGGAGGGUAUCCCUCCUGACCAGCAGAGGCUGAUCUUUGCAGGGAAGCAGCUGGAGGACGGCCGCACCCUGUCCGACUACAACAUCCAGAAAGAGUCAACUCUGCACCUGGUGCUGCGCCUCAGGGGUGGGAUGCAGAUCUUCGUGAAGACCCUGACUGGCAAGACAAUCACCCUCGAGGUGGAGCCCAGUGACACCAUUGAGAAUGUCAAGGCCAAGAUCCAGGACAAGGAAGGUAUCCCUCCUGACCAGCAGAGGCUGAUCUUUGCAGGGAAGCAGCUGGAGGACGGGCGCACCCUCUCUGACUACAACAUCCAGAAGGAAUCCACCCUGCACCUGGUGCUGCGCCUCAGGGGUGGCAUGCAGAUCUUUGUCAAGACCCUGACUGGCAAGACCAUCACCCUCGAGGUGGAGCCCAGUGACACCAUUGAGAAUGUCAAGGCCAAGAUCCAGGAUAAAGAAGGUAUCCCUCCUGACCAGCAGAGGCUGAUCUUUGCAGGGAAGCAGCUGGAGGACGGGCGCACCCUGUCCGACUACAACAUCCAGAAGGAAUCCACCCUGCACCUGGUGCUGCGCCUCAGGGGUGGCAUGCAGAUCUUCGUGAAGACCCUGACUGGCAAGACCAUCACUCUGGAAGUUGAGCCCAGUGACACCAUUGAGAACGUGAAGGCCAAGAUCCAGGACAAGGAAGGCAUUCCCCCAGACCAGCAGAGGCUGAUCUUUGCAGGGAAGCAGCUGGAGGACGGGCGCACCCUGUCUGAUUAUAACAUCCAGAAAGAGUCAACUCUGCACCUGGUGCUGCGCCUCAGGGGUGGGAUGCAGAUCUUCGUGAAGACCCUGACUGGCAAGACCAUCACCCUCGAGGUGGAGCCCAGUGACACCAUUGAGAACGUGAAGGCCAAGAUCCAGGAUAAGGAAGGCAUUCCCCCUGACCAGCAGAGGCUGAUCUUUGCAGGGAAGCAGCUGGAGGACGGGCGCACCCUCUCUGACUACAACAUCCAGAAGGAAUCCACCCUGCACCUGGUGCUGCGCCUCAGGGGUGGCUGUUAAGCUCUUGUGCAUCUUGCUUGACCCCAGGGUUGCCAGUGGCACUUGUGUUUGCACUGUAGUUCUUCAAUGUCUUAAUGUUAAGUUAAUGCAAGCUUGAGUAACUGCUGAACAGCUGUUGAAAUGCUAAUAAAGUUUUCUGUUGCACAUUACACGCUGUAGUCUGUCUCAGUUCAAGCAGGUGAAACGUGUAUUAAGUGAAAUGCUUUGGCUUCUUACCAUGGCAGUUUAAGCCUCUUUGCAUGUGUAAUGAGGACCAACCUUGUGGUUAAAAUGGAUCUGGAUUAAAAUCUUAAUGAAGUGCUAAUAA